AUGAGCGAGGUCUUCGUGGCCACCGCUACAAAACUCAACGAUUUGUUCGAAUCGCAGAUCCAUGAGAAUCGCCAUCUUCAAAUUUUCGUCGACCACAUGAUGCAACGUCUUAUUGUCAAGGGGAGCGACGAUCGUCAGCUAAAAUCGAUUUCGAUUGAAAGGGAACAUUGCCGGGUGAUAAAGAAGGACUUGCAAUUGGUUUUCCAAAAGGAGGGCCUUUUUCGGUUUCGGCUCACGAUGCGCGAUGCUGCAAACAUGGACAAGUUGUAUAACGCGGUGAAGAGGCACAUUGCUAUCGAGGUUCGUGAGACGCAGUUGGGAGGAGGCGAGGAGAAGCCGAUGAUUCAGCCAUUUUCACAGAAUCUGAUUCGCGAGUUUUUCGACGAGCUUUAUCGCCGGGAUCCUGAAGGAUUGGAGCAAGCCUUCGUUCGAAUCGGUGCGGAGCUGCUGAAGAUACCGAGUUUCCGGCAGCUGCAUGACGAACUUGACCGGCCGCUGUUUCCGACAGCCAAACAAGAAGACGUCAAGCCCGUGAAAUCUUUGGAGAGCGAGCCCGAA